AGAGGUAAAAAAGGACUAGAAGAAGAAAGACGAUGAAAAUAAUUGUUGACAGAAAAAGUUUAGAAAGUGAGGGCGGAGGGUUAAUAUUUUUUUUCUUGCUUUUCUCUUUCGCCAUCAUCGAAUGUCCACUUUUGGCCAAAAUAAUUCAGAUAAUUAAUGAUGGUAAUAGUGUUGAGAAUGAUGAUGAAGGUGAUGAUAUAAUUCAAGGUAUUUUAAUGGUUAGAUGGUGAAUGACGAGAAAUAAAAAAAGAUACUUCUUUAUUUACAGUUUGUUACUUGUUCUCACUAUCCUUUUGGCUCUCUCUUUUUCCUGUUGACUGUUGUUUCGCUGAGUUGGUCUUUGGUUCAACCGAAAUGAACAAUCCGAAUUUUUCCAAUUGGUUCACAAUUUAUUCUCCCUUUCAUUAGCAUGUGCCUCAAGUUUAUCUUCAUUUUGAUCUUUUAUUAUUAUUGCUCAUCAAUCUGGUUCAACCGUGAUUCUUGUUGUGUUUACGGUAUACCUCGAAAAAACGCUGGUUGCGGUAAACAGCAUAUUCCUCGCAACUCACGAGUGGUCGCUGGAAAUGAUACGUUUGACGGUGAAUUUCCGUGGACAGUUUCAGUUCGACGGAAUGGUGAACACUUUUGUGGUGGCGUCAUCAUUGCCAAAAGAUGGAUCUUAACGGCAGCUCAUUGUGUCUACAAUAAAUCUCCUGCUUCUUUCAUGGCUCGCAUCGGUGAGUUUCAUUUGAAUCGACAAGACCACAACUCGAGAGAUUAUGCCAUUGAAAAGAUUGUCAUUCACAACGAUUAUGCUGGUAUCGUCGAUUCCGAGACGGGAUCAAAAGCUGAUAUUGCUCUUCUUCGAACUCGCCAAGAGAUUCGUUUCUCUGAAUAUGCUUGGCCAGUAUGUGUUCCUUCCUCUGAGAUCUCUUAUGCUGGACAAGAGGCCAUUGUGGUUGGUUGGGGAAAACGAAGUGAAAAAAGUGAAGCUUACAGUGAUAUUUUACAGAAGGCUAAACUUUCAGUUGUGGACAACAAAAAGUGUCAAAGUUGGUAUCGUUCAUCGGGUUAUCUUUUUCCCAUUCACGAUCAUCUAAUUUGUGCGGGUUAUCAAAAAGGAGGACGAGAUGCUUGUCACGGUGAUUCUGGUGGACCUUUGUUGUAUAAACUGGCUGAUCAUUGGGCCGUUAUUGGUGUCGUUUCCACUGGUGUUGGUUGUGCUCGUCCAUUGCUUCCAGGUCUUUACUCGAGAGUCUCUUCUUAUGUUGACUGGAUUGGAAGAUAUCUUGCAGAACGAUGAUCAUCUUUCUGGUUCACCAAAUGAUCAAAGUUGAUUUUUUGUUUUCUUUGUUUGGUUAAACUUUUUUCACUUCUUUUCAAUCCACUCUUUUCAUUAACAUUUAACAUUGUCUUUUAACAUAAACUUUUGAUGUAAUCCAUUGGGUUUUGAUUUGAACCUUAAUUCGAUUCUAGUCAACCAAUUGUUAAUUGUUAACUCUUUUGUUUUUAUUUCCCUCUCUCUUUGCCUUUGCACAGAAAAAAGUAGAGUGAUA